UGCUACUAUAAUAAACAGCUUCCGGCGGCCCGGGUGGCCGUUCCUCGCGUCUCUCCCUUUCGCUUCUCCGUUCUGCGGCCUCCGCUGAGCGAGCAAACCCCCCGCACCAACGAAUCCACAGCGAAAAUUAAAAGGAAAAAAAAAAGCUAAAACCCUUCAAGAUUCGGUUAGAGCGCAUCGAAUCAUCGACUCUCUGCUCCCCUCCGCACGUAGUAGAAGAACAGAAUCAAGAAGAGAGAGAGAGGGGCGAGAGAGAUUAAAAAGAAAGAGAAGGAGGAGGAGGUGAGAUGUCGCUGGGAGACGACGGGAGGAACGUGCUGGACACGGGGAGGGCGGAUCGGUCGGUGUGGCUGAUGAAGUGCCCACCGCUGGCGUCGCGGUCGUGGCAGUCCGCCGCGGCGGCGGCCUCGUCGUCCGACGCCGGCCUCCCUCCCCCAGUCGUUGCCAAGGUCGUCCUCUCCCUCGAUCCUCUCCAUCCCGACGAGCCCUCCUCUCUCCAGUUUAAGAUGGAAAUGGCUCAAAAUGACUCUGGCAAUACACCCAAGAGUUACUCUUUGAAUAUGUUCAAAGACUUUGUUCCAAUGUGUGUUUUUUCUGAGUCUAAUCAGGGGAAAUUUUUAUUGGAAGGAAAGGUGGAACAUAAAUUUGACAUGGAACCUCAUAGUGAAAACUUUGGGGAGUAUGGUAAAUUGUGCCGUGAAAGGACCAACAAAGCUAUGAUUAAAACCAGACAAGUGCAGGUGAUUGACAAUGAUCGUGGAGUACUUAUGAGGCCUAUGCCUGGUAUGGUUGGCUUGGUUCCAUCUGGUUCAAAGGACAAGAGGAGGGUAACACCAACAAAAGGAUCUGAUGUGAAACGAACACGUAGAGACCGUCGGGAACUGGAGAACAUUAUCUUUAAACUCUUUGAAAGGCAGCCAAAUUGGGCAUUGAAACAGUUGGUUCAAGAGACAGAUCAACCUGAGCAAUUCUUGAAAGAGAUACUAAAUGAUCUCUGUAUUUACAACAAGAGAGGACCUAAUCAAGGGACCCACGAGCUUAAGCCAGAAUACAAGAAAACCACUGAGGAAGUGGAUACUACGUAAGAUCCAUUUUCCUGCUUCCAGAAGUCCAUUGAGGAAGUGGAUACUGUAGUUAAGAACCAUGUUGUUGCUUCCAAAAAGUUCCUGUGAACCAUGAUGCUCGCAGAUCAAAAUCUUUCCCCUCAAGAACCUGGCACUCUAUGAUUGGUGAUUACCUCUUGGAAGAAUGCUUGGUGAAAAACAAAUUGUUUUGUUUCAACUUUUCACCGUGCAAAAUUCAAGUGCCCCCAUAGGUACUGAAGACAGAUGUAAUGUGUUUGCUUUGUCAGUUACAACAGAUUCCCAACUUGAUGGUGAUGUAUCCCGUCCUGGAUCCCAGUUUUUAUGAACCUUAAUAUACUUUAUAGCGAAUAUGGAGAGAAUAUGGGGAAAAAGACUAAUGAACCCUUGAUAAACUAUUGAUUUCCGUGAUUGACUUGUUA